AUGGAGUUCUGGGGUGUUGAGGUCAAAAGUGGCGAAACCCUUAAGGUUGAAAGUGGCGAAGGCUUCAUCGUCCAUCUUUCUCAGGCUUGCCUUGGCGAGGCCAAAAAGGACAAAGGGAAUGAAUCUGUCUGCCUGUUUGUGAGCGUUGAUGAUCAGAAGCUUGUUCUUGGAACACUGUCUCAUGAGAAAUUCCCACAAAUACCUUUUGACCUUGUCUUUGAAAAAGGCUUCGAGCUCUCUCAUAACUUGAAAAAUGGGAGUGUUUUCUUCAGUGGAUACAAAUUUGAUUCUGACAGCGAAGAGGAUCUCCCAGUCCCUGUUGAUAACGGGAAACAAGAGGCUAAGCCAUCAAAGCCUGAAAAAGAUAAUGCUGCAAAACCUGAUUCUAAGCAGAAGGUGAAGAUCGUGGAACCAAACAAAGAUUUGAAACCUGGACCUGAGGAUGAUGACAGUGAUGAAGAGGAUGAUUCUUCUGCUGAUGGCGAGUCCAGUGAUGAUCAGGAAAUGAUGGCCAAUGAAGAGGAUGAGAGUAGUGAGGAUGAGGAUGAUGAAAGUGAUGAUGACAGUGAUGAUGGAGAUGUUAAGACCACAAAGAAGGCUGAAGCGGGCAAGAAGAGAUCUGCAGAAGCUGCUUUAAAAACCCCUGUACCUGAUAAGAAGGCUAAGUUUGCGACUCCUCAAAAAACUGAUUUGAAGAAAGUGGGUGGCCAUACGGCAACUCCUUACCCCUCUAAACAGGUUGCGAAAACAUCUGCUGCUAACAGUCAGAAGAAGGAGCAAACUCAAAAAUCAUUUGCUUGCAGCUCCUGCAACAGGUCGUUUGGCUCGGACAAUGCUUUACAAUCUCAUACAAAGGCUAAGCACGGUGCUGCAUAG